AUGCACGACACCUCUUCGGCGGGUAUCCCGUCGAGAAGCGUGCCGCUCGCCGUUUCGGCAGUGUCGCUCUUCUGCCUCCUCGCCCUGGCCAUCGUCAUCCCGAUUCUGAACCAGCAACUCGAUUCGGCUCAGCAGCGCCUGCAGGGCAGGAUGGACGCUUUUAAGUUCACGGCUCGCGGAAUUUGGUCUGACAUCAUGGUGGUGCGUAGCAACGGACGUAUCAAGCGCCAAGGAUAUGGUGGAUUCUCGAACGACGACUCAAAUGCACAGUGCACCAGCUGUGUACAACUACAGUGCCCGCCCGGUCCACCAGGACCCCCGGGAGUGAAUGGAGAGCCAGGAAUCGACGGCGCUUCCGGAAGGCCCGGAAAACCCGGUCUCGAUGGUCUGGACGUUCCACUCGAUCCGGAACCGGCCUUCCCGUGCGUCAUCUGCCCAGCUGGACCACCCGGUGAUCGUGGCCCACAGGGAGAGCCCGGAAGGCCCGGAACACCCGGAGAACCCGGAUUGCCAGGACUACCCGGUCGUAGCGGAAAGCCCGGACGUGUUGGAGAUGCUGGUCCACAGGGACCACCUGGAGAACCUGGAGAGCCCGGAAUGAAGGGACCUCCCGGCGAUGACUCGAUUGGAGGAACCGGAAUCAAGGGCCCACCUGGCCCACCUGGACCCAGAGGACCCAAGGGCCCACCCGGCCAGAAUGGCCUGCCCUCGCAAAACCCUGGACCUCCUGGGCCACCUGGAGAGAUGGGACCCCCAGGGCCACCCGGGCGACGUGGAGAACCUGGUCCUCCUGGGCCAUUCGGACCUCCUGGAGAUUCCGGCGAGCCUGGAGGACACUGUCCCUCUUCAUGCGGCGUUCAGGAAAUUGUAGCGCCGUCAGUUUCGGAGCUCGACACCGGCGAGUACACUCAUCCAUCUGGUGGUGGCUACAGCGGUGGUGGAUAUCGUCAACGCUUC